AUGGCUUCUAACCCCAAGGUUGAAGAACUGAAGGCACGUCUUCUUGCGUUGGCAAAAUUCUUAAGCGACAACAAUGAGACUCUAUCAACGGAAGAAUGUCGUAACUGCUACAGAACCCUACCAGACCUCGAAAAGACAUCCCUUAAGAGACUGACACAAACACCAAGGAGACGUCGAGAAAAAAAUGAUAGAAGUGUGGAUAAGAGUGCGGAUGUCUCUGGCCGCCUGGAUUCUACCCAGGAGGGAGCGGGGUAUGAAAGCCAGACGAACGAUUCUGAAGAACGGACAGAUGCUUCUGAAACUUCUGAAGCAGAAGGGGGCUCCACUCAAAAGACAAUCAAAACCACUGUAACGCAAUUCCAACGCAGACUUCCCGAAGUGUCAACAGUCGAGAUACCAUCCCCAUUACACGCCAUUUUGGAACGGUGCCAGGCAGAAGGACCUAGACCUUUUUUGAAGCCGCAGCUACAAUGUCUCUCUAAAGAAAAAGGCUUGGUGGCAGCAUUCUAUAGGCUUGACCAGAGUGAGGGAGUAAGGGACGCUUUGGUAAUAUCUCGUCGAUUCUAUCUACAUAGUUUCUACGUCUCGAUUGUUAAACAAGGAUACCAUUCUGGAAAACAGUGGCGCCGGGGAGCAUCAAAUUCACUAUCAAAAGUUAUAGGAACCCGUUAUCCAUCACUGGGCAGUAUUGCAGAAAUAAAAAACAAGUUAUGCCGCUAUGUUGAGAUCGGUCGCGGAUAUGACGCUUGGGUUACUGAACUUGGGAACUUAGGUUGUUUGAUUGCUCUGCCUUUGGGGGUUUACGAGACUGAAUACACAAAUCGGCAAUUCCGAAAAUAUAUACCGCAAGAAGCUCAAAGGCUUCGUGAGCUAGGCCUCGAUAAAGUUGUGAAAACAUCGAAUUUACAACCUAUUGGAGAAGCAAUUUCCAAAAAACUGCAGGACAACUUUCGCCCCUCAAAGGCCUAUUUCAGCAAUAAGAGAACAGCGGAGAGCAAUAAAGAGCGAAGCCAAAAGAGACGCCAAGGGCGACAAACGAACAGCACAGCUCCAUCUACCCAUACUACUAAGGGUAUUGAGGCCAACUACCGUCAGCGACGUGUUCAGCUGUCCGAGCCUCCACCCCAUACUGAAACAUGGGGGCCUAGCGAGUCGAUGUCGGCCAACAGCCCGCAGUCGCCACAGCAUCGUCCAGGUGGUCCACCUUGGAUGGGCCUUGAGCAGUCUUGCCAGGUAGUGGCUGAGUAUCCACCCUCUCCCGACUUUGCCAGAAACGAAGGCUCCUGGCUCCAUCAAUCGAACAGAAACGUGGUGGAAAGGGGGCACGAAAUGGGCUCUGAACCGUUACGGGAUCGCGAUGCCCGGAAUGCCGAUGCUGUUAAUGCAGCCACUGUCCUUUCUCAACUCCACAGUGCCCGUGUACUGCUGCCUGAGGCCUCAUUUCGCAUAGCAGAAUCAGGGGAUUCCACGGAUCGUGUCGUCUCUGCAGGUGAACAGGGAUCUGGAACGGAAUCUGGGCCCCACAGUAUACUCAAAAAACGGCCGUGUCUGGAUAACGAGCUGCAAGGUCGCCGCAUGAACCCAUGUAGUCGACCUGGUGUUGAUGCCUUGCACCUUUUUGACACAAAUAGUACCUUUCCGACUACAGUUCGACCCUGUGAAUCCGUUGUAGUUAAUCCCAACUGUACAUAUUCCGCAGCAAAUUCUGGAACCGCGUUAGCUUCACUAGCCAGCGCAGAACAGAUAACGACCUCGGCUAAUAGCGAUCGAAGGUUAGAUUCGACCCGAGAUAGCAGCUGGGUAAAUUCAACAACGGUCCUUAUCUCCGGGGAAACUGAAAACUUCACCGUAAAUUUGGAUGCCCUACAAGACGGAGCACACUUAUGUAAUGGCGAGCAAGAAAAAAGAGUUCAAGUCGCUCUAAAUGCAAGACCAGUUGUUGACCCUAUGAUUAUGGACGCUAUGGUUUCCCAUUACGAUCCUUCAUUGGCAGCGACUCCUACUCCUGAACCAAUGGUUAUGGAUCACAUCGUCAACAGUGCACAUCGACCAAGACUACCAUCCCAAGUGAUGGACGAUCUCCUUGGCCUCUAUGAGUUUAUAGGAUACCCAACUUUGACGUCAUAA